CUUGUAAACAUGCGCACACCCAAAAUCAUGGAAAUGACUGGUCAGCGGUUUCUUUCGUAAAGCACGAAGCACGUGUUGCAACAAACAAGAUGGCGUCCGAGGAAACCACGACUAGGCAUAAAUCAGGUCCUUUAAAGCAACAAAACAAGACACACAAACAUGGGAGACACAGAAGUAAGAGCGAGAUCGACAAAAACAACAAAGGUCGUGUUGGGGUAAAAAUUGUUUCAAAGAAAAUUCGCCAAGCUGUUGGGAAAGCCAAUCGUAGACAUCAGGCAAAACAAAUAAGAGAGAACAGAAAAGAGGAAGUACUAGAACAGAGAAGGAAAACAGGAAAGCAAGGAAGCCCACCACAUCUUAUUGCAAUUAUUCCAUUAUCAUCCAACUGUGAUGCUGGGCAGGCCGUGCAGUUAUUUAGUGAGUGUGAUAGUGAUGGGUUACUUUAUCCUUCAAGGAACACAACAACCUUAGUUUCUGAGCAACUCAAGCAAAGAUUUUCAUUCCUUCAGUUGAAGUAUAGGGACUUGUACUCUGUUCUGGAUGCAGCAAAGGUUGCUGAUUCUCUGCUGUUUCUUCUCUCCGCCACACAUCCAGUGGAUUCAUUUGGUGAGAAGUGUCUGUCGUGUAUCUUUGCACAAGGCUUACCAACAUAUUUUCUUGGAUUGCAGGGUUUGGAGAAAAUAUCAACAAAGAAAAGGAAUGAUGUAAAGAAACAAGUUCAAAAGAUAGUAGAAAAAAGGUACGCUAAAUUUUAGUUUUUGGAGAUGUAAUACUCAGCAUUUUCAGCUUAAAUUAUAGUAAAAAGGGUUUAAUCACUAGCUGUUAGACUUUGAUUUCAGUUUUUUUUAAGCUAACCAUAAAUAAUGUAAAGGAUGCUCUGAAACCAAGGAUAAACAAAUGAAUCUUUUAUGUCAUAGCUGAGGGUGUGGUGGCCUCGUGGCUAGUGUGCUUACUACAAGAUCGAGUGGUCCAGGUUCAAGCCCUCUCCGGGAACAUUGUCCUUGGGCAAGACACUUUACUGUCACAGUGCAUCUCCAGACAGGUGUAUAAUUGGGUACUGGUGAACUUAAUGCUGGGGGUAACCCUGCAAUGCACUAGCAUCCCAUCC